AUGAUUUCGUUAGAGUUCAUCGUACGUCUGAAGAACCAAGAGAACAGACGAAGGAGAAGGUCUGAAACUAACAUGAAGGAGCGUCUUAUCUCAGGGGAGUUAUCAGACGGUAGGAGACGAGCGAGAGAUCAAAACGGUGUCCCGAGAGGGCAUCUUGCGGUCGACGUGGGGCGUGAUGAGAUGCAGAGGUUAGUGAUACCAACCAAGUACCUUGAGUAUCCUGAGUUUAGGGUUUUCAUCAUUUGA